AACCGGAACGUGCAGGGGAAGAUUCGCAUUUUUAACCGUCCUGCUCUGAUGGAAAUUCCUUUCUUGAAAUUUACUUUAAAUGAGACUAAGAGAUGAAUACGAAAUAUCAAGUUGUUCAGCUGCUGCUUUUCCUGAUUCUAUUAUGGAUCGUCGUCUGUGAGGGGCAGAUCAUAUUCGAAAAAAAUAGCAGGCAUCUUCUUGAUGGUAGCUGCAAGACUCCAGAAAGGAAGAAAGGAACUUGCACGUACUGGACGAAGUGCAUAUCCAUAAAUAAAAAAAUUAAAAGCUGGGAUCAGCUUAGGCCUUAUGUGUGCGGUUUUGUCGGCUUUCAGCCAAAGAUAUGUUGUCCCUCAUCUCGUCAAAGAUAUGUCUCAAAUUCUCAUAGAGAUACGAUUCCUCAAAUGUACAACAACUUCGGAACGAUAGCCACAACUACCGAGGAUAGUCUGGUCCUCACCACACCUAUUGCCAAUUUUUCUGGAUCACCGGGUAACAGUAGUGAAAAGCCCAGUUUUUUGCCAGAUGAUUGUGGUUGGACACUCUUUACGGUCAAUCAAGUAAUCGGUGGUCAAGAGGCUGAGAAAGGAAGCUGGCCCUGGAUGGCGGUUAUUUUUGAAGUCAAGAAAAGUGGCUCCAAGAAAUCAGACUGCGGUGGAGUCCUGGUGACUGCAAGGCACGUGGUUACGGCUGCACACUGCGUGGUGAAAAGAAAUACUAUUACACCUAUUGUCCCUAGCCGACUCCUGAUCAGGUUGGGUGCUCACAACCUGAGCAUUGACAACGAGCCUGGUGCUACCGACGUCGGUGUGGAUGCCGUCCGAAUUCAUGAAAGGUAUGAUCCUAGAAUUCAUACGAAUGACAUUGCAGUCCUUCGACUCAACCAGUCCGUUCCAUUCUCGAAUAGCACUUCCCCCGUCUGCCUUCCUUACAACUAUCUGCGGAAUAUUGAUCUUUCCUGGAAGAUUGCUACAGUCACUGGAUUCGGAUUGACAUCCGUUAAUGGGUCUUAUAGUGAUGUUUUGAUGGAAGUGACUUUUGACAUCAUAGAUCAGGAAACAUGCAGGAAGUCAUAUGCGAAAGAUAUUCGGAUUACUGAUGGACAUUUAUGUGCUGGAAGUCUCGAUGGAUCUGCAGAUUCGUGUCUGGGUGAUUCUGGAGGACCCCUGGUGACUGUAGGAAAGGGAAAGAGAUUCUAUCUUGUUGGAAUUGUUUCCUUUGGGAAGAAAUGUGUCCUCUCUGGUUUUCCUGGAAUUUACACCAGAGUUACAAAGUACCUGGACUGGUUAACACCCAAACUUGCGGACUGAAUGCUAUGAGAGGAAAAAGAUAGGUCUAUUUAAAAAUCUUUUGAUAGUUCCUGCCUUGAGGAGACUUACGACUAUGGAUUCAUGGAAAAUCCAGAAAGUUUAUAGAAUAUUUGUUGAUUUAUUUAUUACGAACUUUUAUUUAAUUUGUCCUUUUUACUAUUUGUUGAAAUUCGCAAUCAUAUGUCAUUGA